GAUAUCUAACAAUACAACGUAUAUAGCCCUGAUUCUACUGUCAUCAUGCUCCUCGACGAGAAUCCCGCUGGUCUCAUCAACCACACCAUCGGCAACUUCAACAUCCACCCUGAUAAACAGGCCGUCACCCGCAUCAAUGACUCGCUCGCCGCGCUACAGCAAUCGCGUGAGUUGCGCACGCGCGAAGCCGAAUCAGCUUUGCGCAAGCUCUCCCGGCACCUGUCCGCCCUGACGGCCCAACAUGAGGAGGCCGUGACGGCGCAUGACUCCGGCAAGCACGCCGCGGAGAUGGUCGAGCUGGACACGAAGAAAUUCCGAAUCGCCAAGUCAGCUACCGAGCUGGAGAUUGAGAGUGAGCGGCUAGAGGGCGAGCUGGAGAUGUUGAAGGAGCGACUGGCCGAUCUGGAGGCGCAGGGGUUGGAAGGCGAUGAACCGACGCGCCGGGAGCGUGAGAUGGAUGAUGCGACGCUGCUGCGUUUGAAAAUCUACCGGUCCCUAGGAGUGGAUAUCGAGGCCGACGACGCGGGCAACUUCACCAAGGCGGUGAUCCGCAAUAGUCGCAAGGGCGAUGUGCAUGUGGUGAACAUUGACCCGAAGUUCUCACGGUUCUUCUACUCGAACUACUUUUGGUCAACGAUGCAGGGAUAGAUGCGUUGGGUGAGGAUGGAAAGUUUGGACGGCGUUUACGGAUAUACCCUGGCUUGAUAUGACA